UUCAAGAGGUGAUUGUAAUAUCAAGAGCAAUAGUUUCAGAGAUGUUUAAGAGCUCAGAGGUAGUCUCUAAAGUGGCAAUAGAUUCAAAGGCAUUUGAUAGCUCAGGGCAGUCUUUGUGGUAG